UUCAUGACUUUUGCUCCCACCGUCUUCACUUCGCAAGAUUACAUUUCGGACCACCUGUGGAAGGCGUCCGUAAACUGAUUAUUCGGUGCUAUCGUCAUCAAGGCACCUCUUAUCUAUACUUUCAAAAAUGGCGACGACUAUCCUCUCCAAGUCCCUCCGACCCUCCACCUCUUCUCUGCACAUGACCAAUGGCUUGACGCGAGCACUGAAGCCUGCAUCUCAAAUCACCAGAACCCAGGCCACCUUGGUCAGUGGCACUCCUCGGGCGCCGGCGCCACGAGUGUCGACCCGCUCCACCCAGCCCUCGUUCGAGCGUGCGACCUUCACCAUCCGCGAUGGCCCCAUCUUCCACGGCAAGAGCUUUGGAGCCAAGACCAACAUCAGCGGUGAGGCCGUCUUCACAACCUCUCUGGUGGGAUACCCCGAGUCCAUGACCGACCCAUCAUACCGAGGUCAAAUCCUGGUCUUCACCCAGCCAUUGAUUGGCAACUACGGUGUGCCGGGCGAUGUCCGCGACGAGUACGGUCUCUUCAAGUACUUUGAGAGCCCGAACAUUCAAGCCUGCGGUAUCGUCGUCGCGGAUGUGGCUUUGCAAUACUCUCACUGGACUGCGGUGGAGAGCUUGGCCGAAUGGUGUGCUCGCGAAGGCGUGCCCGCCAUCUCGGGCGUCGACACUCGUGCAAUCGUCACAUAUCUGCGAGAGCAGGGUUCCUCGCUUGGCAAGAUCACCAUCGGCGAGGAGUACGAUGCUGACGAGGACGAGGCCUACGAAGACCCGGCCAACAUCAAUUUGGUCAAGAAGGUCUCGACCAAGGCUCCUUUCCACGUGCCUUCUCCCAACGGCACCGCCCACGUCGCCUUGAUCGACUGUGGUGUCAAGGAGAACAUCAUCCGCUCGCUUGUGGCCCGUGGUGCGAGCGUCACUUGCUUGCCCUACGACUACCCGAUUCACAAGUCGGCCCACCACUUCGAUGGUGUCUUCAUCUCCAACGGUCCUGGAGACCCGACCCACUGCCGCGCCACCAGCGACAACCUCCGUCGCCUGAUGGACACCAGCCAGAUCCCGAUCAUGGGAAUUUGCCUCGGCCAUCAAUUGCUCGCGAUUGCGAUCGGCGCUAAGACGACGAAGAUGAAGUACGGCAACCGCGCCCACAACAUCCCGGCCUUGGAUUUGAGCACCGGAAAGUGCCACAUCACCAGCCAGAACCACGGGUACGCCGUCGACCCGACCACUUUGCCAGCGGACUUCAAGGAGUACUUCACCAACCUGAACGACGGCUCCAACGAAGGCAUGAUCCACAAGACCCGACCCAUUUUCAGCACACAAUUCCACCCGGAGGCCAAGGGAGGCCCGUUGGACAGCAGCUACUUGUUCGACGCAUACGUCGAACGAGUGAACCAGUACAAGGGCUCGCAAGACGUCCUCAAGGGCGGCAAGGACAACCGACCGAGCCCGCUGUUGGUGGAUCUCUUGGCCAAGGAGCGCGUCGGCGUAAAGCCCGAACACGCAGGUAUCCCGAAGGCGUAAAUAGAAUCUGGUUGUACCAAGAUCUCAAGGACAGAGAUCUGGGGUGGUCCGGUAGAUUUUGGGAUAGCCGUGUCCCGAGAUGGGUGGGGAGACAAAAUACGAUUUGUACGGCUACUUAUAAGUUUGGCAGGCGCUGACUUUCUUUCUUUCU